UUUUCGUCAAGACAAGAGUUUUUGGAUACCAGCUUUACAUGUUGUCGCCACAACUGAAAUAUCACAAGGAUGCCACAUAUUUGAAUAUAUUGCCAGAGGAUGGCACGAUUUGGCAAUGAGACUUUUUCUGGAAAAUGUUCGGAUGACCUUCCACUGCUGGACAUUGGUCAUCUUAGCGAUGAGGUCUUUUCAAGCUACACUGGACCCGAUUCUGGACUGACAUUUGCUAUCACCAAUGAGGACAAUGGCAACUCUUCUAUGUCCACCAGUGAGUUUGCAGGGGUUAGAAACUGGAACAACAAAGACCAGAAAGCUUAUGGCAUCUGUAUCUCGCUGUAUGAACAACAUCCAGUUAAUGGCAAGAUGUCGGGUGAUCCCUUGGCGGAUGCAUUUGCCAUUUGUGCGCGCAAGAACAGCUGUGUUAUGUUGAUUGCUGAUGGUGUUAACUGGGGGGAAAAACCAAGGUUAGCUGCGAGAUGUGCUCUCUAUGGCAGCAUGAACUACAUCAACAAAAAGAUUUUCCAGGAUGGUGAACAGCCCUGUAAUACUCAGGACGUCAUAGAACUGCUGAGGCACUCAUUCGAUGAAGCCCAUCGCUGUAUUUUAGCCAAAGAUGGAGGACUCACUACAAUGUGUGCUUGUAUGGUUGUACCGGUGAAAAAUUCUGAACAUUUUGCUGUAUGUUGUGUCAAUGUUGGUGACAGCUAUGCAUAUGUUAUAAGUCAUAAUCAAGGCAUACGAGAGGUCACAGUGGGGUCCCAUGACAUCAGCUCAGAGAGAGACAUACGGGAUGCUGGAGGUGCACUUGGUCCUGUUAAUGGAAGAAAUCCAGAACUCAGAAAUUUGACUUGUUCUAUUACCUUUGCUAAUCAGGGUGAUGUUGUGUUCUUGGCAACAGAUGGCAUAUCUGAUAACUUUGAUCCAGUGGUGACGAAACUUGCUUUGCCCAGAAGGGAGAGUGAUUCAAACUUUAACAAUCUAUCACCCACAUCUCCUACAUCAAGUCCAAUCAUCAGACCAGAGAUGGAUCCGAAGGAAAGACACAUAUACGCAAUGAAGGAGAUGGAGCGUAUUAUACAUGAGUAUGAGUUGGUGACAGAGGAACCUUGUUCUGCCCAAGAACUCUGUGGUGCAUUAGUACAACAUGUUCUUUCUCUUACAGACUCUAAAAGAAAAAUAUUAGAAAAUCCAGCUUUAUAUGUCAGACGAAAGAUGACAUUGAAGGACAAGGAACGCAGGGAUUCAGAAAUUGUUGAUAAGAUGGGGAAGGCCCCAGGGAAGUUAGACCAUGCCUCUGUGGUCGCAUACGAGGUUGGAAUAAUGAAACCAGACGAGGAGGAGAUGGAGAACAUACCUCUAGGGACAUGGAAUGGAGAUGAUACUUUAUCACUACCAAGCUCCACUGACACAUCUCCAUCUCCAACUUCCCCCAUAUCACCAGUCUCAAAAAAAUCACGCCCUAAAAAACUGUUUGCUCGAAUACGUAGUCUUAGUGUUAACACAACUAAUAACUCAUCACCAAGUCAUCAUCAUCAUCAUGCCUCACCAGGCUUGUUCCCUAUUUCACCAAAGAGGUUCUCCUUCAAAAGGUCAAGAUCAAAGUCGGAAUCUGAACCAGUCACACCUAUAAGUCCCACCAACCACAGCCACAAGGCAGUUAUAUCACCUUCCCCCAUGACCCCACCAGCUCUCACACCAGAGGACUUUCCGAUGCCCCUUCCUGCUCAACAUCCCUCACGCAGGAGUAUUUCAUAUGAAUCAUCAGUAUAACAAAAAGAUCAG